UCAAAUCGCAGAUAACAACAAUUCAAUCUCUCUCUUCUCUCUCUGAUCAUCAAUGGAGGAACCGAAUUCUGCUUCCGAAGCUAUGGCGGACGACGAUUACGAGAGCGAAAUCGAGGACGAGAAAGUUCCGAAAUUCGAACUCAAAGUGAACCACGAAGCUAAGCUCAAGGAACUGUUGCACAAAAUCAAUUCGAUCGAGAUUAAGUUAUGCUCCGACGCGACUAAAGAGUUCAUCAAGUUGCUUAAAGCCGAUUCCGGAGGCGAAUUUCUCAGGUAUUAUGUAAGGAGUUCGCCUCGAUGUUCGGAGCUUCUAGAUGCUUGGAAGCUUCGGCGAGGAAAAUCCGGUUUGUCGUACAUUUUCAGAUUGAUUUCUGCUGUUUUGAGUCAUGAUUGUGGGAAAUAUAGGCCGAAUGAUAAGGAGGGAAUUGGGAUAAGUAGAGUUUUGGAUAAGUGUUCGAAAUUGAUUAUUGAAGAAUAUAUGCAAGAUGUGUAUAAGGAGAUGAAUAGUAGGGAAACCAAGAGCCAAAAUGCGGUGCUGAAGCUGAUGGCUUCGGUUGUUAGGCGCGGGUCGGGGUUGGCGUCGGAUGUGGCGAAGAGUUUUGAUUUUAAGCUUAAAGGGUUUUCAAAGCUGGCGGGGUACAAGAGGAUGAAGAAUGAGAAGAGAGUAAAGGGGUCUUCAAGGAGGUCUUUUGUCGAGUUUGCCAUGUCGUUUUUGGAGGUGGGCAAGCCUGGGUUGUUGAGGUGGGUGUUGCAGCAGAGGGAAAUGUAUUCCGGCGUCCUCCGGGGACUCGGGAACGAUGAUGAUGAAACUGCUGUAUAUGUUUUGUCCACUUUGAGGGAUAGGAUUCUUGUCGAAGCAUCGUUGGUGCCUCCGGGGCUUAGGAGUGUUCUUUUUGGGAGUGCCACUUUGGAACAAUUAGUUGAGAUUUCCGGCAGGGAGAAUGGAGGGUCUGCUGCAGAGUUGGCAUACAAUGUUCUUGUUUUGGUCUGUAUUGACCCUUGUAAUGGGUUGAUGCCAGAUCCUUUUAGACGACCGAGGCCGUUGAAGGGUAAUAUGAGACGACUUUUGGACCUAAUGAAGAAGCUGAGAGCAACUGAGAUUGUCUAUCAUAGAGAUUUGCUCUUGGCUAUUGUUAGUGGGAGGCCGUCAUUUGGUGCAGCAUAUAUGGAAGAGUUUCCUUACAACCUCGAAGAUUACGCAUCACCCAAUUGGUUUGCUAUUGUGACUUUGGCAGCAAACUUGGUUUCCUCAGUGGGAAAAGGCCUUAAGUUUGAUUUCCUUGCUUCUCAAUCUCACGAUCAAGCUUCAUCUCAUAGUGGAUUCUUGCAGAAUGUCAUGAAAUGCCUGUGUCCUCGUUCGUUCUCCCGAUCAGUAAUCAAUAAAGGGUUGCUUCACUUGGAUUUUCUAGUGAAGCAUGGAACUUUGAGGCUUCUUUCGGAGGAACUUAAGUUGCUGAACUCCUUAAUGGGGGCUUUAAAUAGUCAAAGCUGUUCUUGUUCCAAGGAUGUCGAACAAGAUUGGGCAUCUAUUAAGCAAGAAAUUCAGAAUGAAGUUCGAGCUUUGCUUCCUGAUCCUCAAGUUUUGUUAACCCUGCUUUCCUCUCUAAGUAGCCAAUCAAAAACUCGUGAAUUAUCUCUAAAAAGGAAAUCAAAAGCGGAGAACUUCCCUGAGCAUGGCAAAAGCAAUGUCAAAAGAUUGAAAAAUAAUGUUGUGGACAGCCAGGACUCAGAUAUUAUUGUAGGUGGAAUAAAUUUUUGUGCAGACCUCGCCUCACACGAGGAAAGUGAAAAAGCUUCAAGCACACCUACAGCAGACGAGUUUGACCCUGGAAAGGAUAUUGUGAAUGUUCUUCAAGAAAUUUGGGGCCCAGAUUUAGGCUUCAUGACUGUUUCUGCAGUGAAGGAGGCAGAGACAUACUUUCAGUCUAAGCUGCUUGAUGCUCUGAAAACUUAUUUCCAAGUUUUGCCAACUGCUUUGGAGGGAUCAUUUGAGUUCCUUAUAAAUCUCUUAACCGACCCUUUAGCCUUGCAUACUAAUUUACAGCGCUCUCUAUUAUCUUUGUUAAUUGAAUACGUCCGGUGGUCUCCCACUGGAAUUCCCAUUAGCUCCCCACUUCUGAUGUAUAAACACCUUCAGUCAUUUAUGAGCUUGUUAAUAUUUUCACCAAUCAGCGACAUUAAGAAUCAGGCAUAUGAUCUGGCACAAGCGGCCAUGUUAAGUACCGGUGCCUUUGAUAGAAAUCGUCAUGAAAUUGGAUCAUGGUUCUUGUUUUUACCAGGUUAUGAUAGAAGAAAACCUUCUUUUCAUGUUCCAGGAGUGGAAGCGUUACAGAGGAUGUGUCAAGUUGUCAUCUCAUUCUUAUGUGAUGCAAUUUCUACUGUGGGAAAUAAUUUAUUCAAAUACUGGGACAUUGUUCAGCGUCAUACCUGCAAUUUAAAAGUUUUGAAAGAUGCAUCACCUGAUUUCAGCCCUCUUGUAGUAUGUAUACUGCAGAAAUGUAUAAGGUUGCUUGAUUCUGAAUCUGGAACCUUUACAUUGCCAGAGAAAUCAAUGAUAUCAUUAUAUGUUUGUGACACACUAAAGUACAUCUUGCAAACUCAGGUAGAUGCAAGAUUGUUAUCCGCUGUAAUUGAUGCAAUCUUGUUGGAGAGAGUUGGUGAACAUGGUUCUGUUACUGAUGACUCUGAGGCUGCCUUCUGUGAGUGGAGGCCAUUGAAGAAUCUAUUACUCUUUUCCCGAAGCAUAUUGCAUCAACAAGCAUGUAUCUUUUCUAUUGAUAAGAAAGCUAAGCCGGAUGCUAGUUCUUUCGGGGUUGCCCUGAGUGAAGUUAAAAGAUCCCUUAGGAAUGGGAAUGACGAUGAAAUAGCAGGAAUAACUAAAGCCUUCUCUUCCUCAAUUAUUUGUGCGACACCUAAAGAGAUAUUAAAUUCUUUUCCAACUGUUAUGUCCAUUUCAAAAAUUCUCCCUAGUGUUCCUGCAUAUCUUAUGCCAUCACUUUUCUUUCUUGAACAAACCCUCCUAACAAGUGUCUCUAAUUUCUGGCCUGAAGUAUUUUUUGCUGGCCUUGAAAUGACGGUAUCUAGUACUUAUUACAAAGACAGGAAGGAUGAUGCUUGUGGAGCUACAGAUUAUGCUUUGGCCAUGGAAGAAAUGGUUGGUACCAAGGAGUUUGAUACAAAUGAAGCUGCUUCAGCUGCAUUUACCUUUAGUUUCUUUUUGAAGCAGGCACCUUUCCAUGUUUUAUUUCCUUCCAUUAUGAGCACCGAUGGUCCUUAUUCCUCAGAGCCCACGAAGAUAAAAGACCUGCUUUUGGCUAAACUGUCAGAGUGGAAAUUUGAUGGCCGCUUUGUUUCCUAUCUGCGCCUUUUGCUCUUUUGGAUUCACCAGAUACAAUCAUCUUAUAGAGUUAGCCCAGCAGCGAAAUUACAAGAACUUUCUGAGAUUUGCUUUGUUCUCUUAAAAGACCUGUUGGUUCAGCUGUUAGAUAUAAAGAUUGAUUCUGAUUGUCCCAGAACUUCCAGGGUUCUCUUGUCAACACAAGAGAUUCAAGAAGUGGCAGUAACCAUCUUCUGUCAUCCUGCUGUGGAAACAUCAAUAUCCCGCCCUUUGGGCUGUGAUGUGAGCUUGGCAAAGGCAAACCUGCUCAACAGUAUAGGUUCUUUGACUAAUUCAUCCAGGCAGAGCGUCCAUAAGUUGGAUCACCAUAUUUUAGAUAUGUUGGUAAGAACUUCUGAGUACUUGUUUUCCCUGUGUGAUGAUCACCAUUUUGAGGUCAAAGUAAAAAAUGUUGUUGGUAAUAAGCUUGUGAAGGUUGUUAAUAUGCUGAUACAGAUGAUUCUUAAGGAAGUGAAGGAGGGAUUUGACCGAUGCAUUUCCACAGGGGAUCUAAUACAACUCCUCCAGCCGUAUUAUGCUUUACAUGCGAUGAUUCAUUUUGCAUCUCCUGUCGAGCUGCUUGAAUUGGUGCAGUGGAUGUUUAAGAGAGUUAAUGUUGAUAAAUUGACAGACGAGAACUCUAACAAGACAUCUCCUAUCUCUUUUGGAUUUUGUAUUGCUGUUGGUGCUUUCAGAAAUCUAUCUGCUUAUUUGAUGCAGCCACUGUCAAAGAGAAGAAAAUAUGACAUGCUUUGGGAUGUGGAAGAAAAUAAGAAUGUCAACAUUGUUGAGGAAAUCUACAUUCAAGUGACUUGGCUUGCCAUGCAUUUUGAAACAGAGUAUGCAGACAUGUGCUUGCUGGAAGCCGUUAAUGCUGCUCAGAUGCAGAAAUUCAGGCGGCAUCAUAGUUUUCAUCGUUUGAGUUUGGUAAUGUCAAGAGUUAUUAUGAACACUUCUGUGAAAAUCCUUCCCCAUUGCACCUAUAGAACAACUAUGACCAAAGCUAAGCUGUUGUUUCUUCUCACUGAUAUGAGUUCCCUUCAUUUGUCAAUCUUUGGAGACUUAUUUUUGAGUCUUGUAAACAAAGAUUUGGUUCACAGAGGCAAUAAGGCAGAAGAAAGCCGUGGCUUUGCUCUUUCUGAUGAGGAGUAUAUGAUGCUUUUACCUACCGCUUUGUCAUACUUAAAUUCUUCUAUCAUGAAGUUUGGACUGCAAAAUUACAAGCAUUUUAGAAGUAUACCUUCUUUUUAUUCAACAAUUCUUUUGAAGGGUUUCCGUGAUUGGAAGAGCUUUGUGUCUAGCGACGUGUUUUGGGAGGAAUAUGGAAAUUUCUUACCAACAUCUACUCAAGAGCUUCUCAUUCUUGUAAAUGAUAGUCUUCUUGGAAAAGCCAUUCGUAUGUUGCAAUUUCACUUUGCCCUGGAUGGAGGUUCAAUGAAAAUGAAGAAGAGGUUGAAGCUAUUUAAUUCCAUAUUCCCAGUUUCUACUUCACACGAGGAGUUGGUAGACUCUGAUUUUAUUGCAGCAGAUUCUUGCUCACUUAACCAAGCAUUGAACCUCAUAAAUAGAGUUCUCGCAAAGAUAUCAUUGUGCAGGGUGCUGUUAUUUCCUAAUUGUAAUCAGAUUCAGUCUAUACCAAAAGAGGAUGGGGGUUUAAAAGAAACUCCUUGGGAAAUGGGGUCUACUAAAGAGGAUUGCUCAGGAAUGGACUUCGUAAAGAUUUUGGUGGGUCUUUGGCAGUCGAUUGUUAAGAAAUUUCCUUUAGUUUCUGGUAGUUACAAAAAGAGGACAGACAUUGUGUCCCUGUUCCGAUACUUGGAAGCUUUCAUAUUGCAAAGUAUCCUUGAAUUAACAACAGAAAUGCAUGGUAGUCUUAUCCAGCUAGAAUCUAUUCCCUUCCUAGAACAAUUGAUGAAAUCAGCUCUCAGAUAUAGGUUUGAAGACCCUACAACUUUAAAAAUGCUCCAAGGUAUUCUAACUGUGUUGUCCGAGGGUAAAUUUUCACGUGACUUUUAUCUCCAGCUCCUACUUGCGCACUCUCAGUUUGAGUCAACCAUUCACUCAGUUUCCAACUCGACAAAUUGUUCCCAUAUUGGGGCAUUCUUGAGACCUUUGCCUGGUGUUUUGAGACAUCUUGUUUUCCCUACGGCUGACAAAAACACAUCUGAUGGAAAUCAUGAGCUGGAAACAAUGGACCUGUACUUAAAACAGUUGGGGGUAAUUAAAUUACUCCGAGUACUCUUUUCGUUCAAAUCUCAUCAGUCUGCUUCUGAUUUCGGAAAAAGUCUAGGCAUAAAGUUCAGGAAACUGCAUUUACUGCUUCUGUCCUCUUAUGGUGCAAAGCUAAAUGAAAUGGACAUGGAGAUAUACAAUCUGAUGUCGACAAUCGAAUCUUUUGAUGGUUUGGAGGCUGAGAAUAUUGCUGGGUUGGAUCAUCUAUGGGGGACUGCUGCUUCAAAAGUAGAAAAAGAACAGGCUCUGGAACAAGAUAUCAUGAAUGAUGCUGAAGCAGUUAAAGAACGUCGUAGAAGUCAAUUUAGAGAAAACCUUCCUGUUGACCCCAAAAUAUGUGCAUCCACGGUGCUGUAUUUUCCUUAUGAUAGAACUGCAUCUCAUGAACCAGUAUCCUUGGACAAGUUUCGAGCUGAUAAUUUUGCCUGUAUGAUUGUGAAUUAUACACAGACGCGUCCUUCUGAUGUUGAAAACCUAGAGCGAUAUGAUCCUGUUUUCAUCCUGCGGUUCUCGCUUUAUAGUCUAACUGUGGGUUAUAUUGAACCUAUGGAGUUUGCUGGUUUAGGCUUGCUUGCCAUUGCAUUUGUUAGCAUGUCAUCACCUGAUGAGGGGAUAAGAAAGUUGGCUUAUAGCACUCUUGGGAAAUUUAAGGACACAUUGGAGCAAUGUAAAAAGAGGAAGGAAGUGACACGUAUUCGACUACUGCUUUCUUCUUUGCAAAAUGGCAUAGAAGAGCCAUGGCAGAGAAUUCCAUCUGUUGUUUCAAUUUUUGCCGCAGAAGCAUCAUUUAUUCUGUUAGAUCCUUCACAUGAUCAGUAUUCAACCUUAAGUAGACUUUUGAUGAAUUCAUCCAAGUUAAAUCUGAAGAAUGUACCUGUGUUUAGUGAUUUUUUCUGGAGCACCUCUGUGAAUUAUAGAGCAGAUAGGUUGUGGAUACUUCGCCUAGUAUAUGCGGGGUUAAACUCGAGUGAUGAUGCCCAAAUUUACAUCAGAAACUCCAUUCCUGAGACUUUCAUGAGCUUUUACUUUUCUCCACUUUCAGACACCGAGUCCAAGGAUCUAAUUCUUCAGGUGGUGAAGAGGUCCGUUAAAUUUUAUAAGUUGACCCGUCAUCUGGUUGAAAGUUGUGGUCUCUUGCUAUGGUUGUCAUCUGUCUUGACCGCCAACACAAGGAAUUCUAGAGACGAAACUAACAUUUUCAUAAUGCAACUAACUGUGGUGUUAGAGGUUGUCAAUGGUGUCAUUUCUUCUAGAAACAUUACCGAGUGGUUGCAAAAGGAGGCUCUUGAGCAGCUUAUGGAACUCGUGUCUCACCUGUACAGAUUCUUGGUUGAUGGUAUGGUAUCGGUGAAAGAACACGCUACAUUGGUCAAUCUUCUUCUAGAAACAUUGAUAUCAACAUUGAAGAUAUCCCAGAAAAGGAAGAUAUAUCAACCCCAUUUCAACCUAUCAAUUGAAGGUUUAUAUCAAAUAUGUGAAGUUCUCAGUACGGAUGAUGAUGUGAUAACUUGUGCUAAUGCCGAGUUUGGUCUCAAAGCCAUACUCAUGAGUACACCUCCAGCUGCCAUUUUUUCCAUGAGUCAAGAAAAGCUUUCAAGGUUUCUUAUGUGGGCAGUUUCCUCUGCUUUGCAAGCAGAAUGUGCAAAAUCACCUCAAAGCAAAUUAUCACAGCAGAGUCUCUCAUUCAUAUUAGAGGAAGAGCAACAUGAAGACUCUUUAUUAUCGAAACUUCUUCGUUGGCUUACUGCUUCUGUAAUCCUAGGGAAGCUAGUUACAAACUCGAAUGAUUUGGAUCCAAAGACAGGGUCAAGCGUUAAGGAUCUAUUGAGUUCAUUGGAUCAUGUUGAAACUGCAUGUGAAGAAAGCAACCAAAAUGGAGUUGGCCGGGAAGAAUUUUUAGCUUCUACAAUUCUCUUCCUCCAACGGCUUGUUGGCACAAAUCACAAAGUGCUACCGUCAGUUGUGUCUGCACUUAGUAUUCUCCUCCUCCACGCCUUCAAUCUUGCGGAUGUUUUGCGUGGUCAUGGAUUAAGAUCACUCUUGGAAUCACUUUGGUCAAGAAUUUGCCCCCCCGCCGAAGCUAAUCCUUCCUGGAGAUGGUCAUUUUACCAACCUUGGAAGGACCUCUCUUUGGAAUUAACUGAUUCGCAGAAGUUGGAUGAACUCCAUGCUUGUCAAACUCUUCUUUUCGUUAUGUCGAAUGUGCUCGGGAGUAUGAACUCUGAAUCUCUCCGAAGUCUAACAGAAGAUGUGCGGAAAAUUGAUUCCUUUGAACGGGAAAAGGGCAUUUUGGGACUUGAUGAGUGCAAUAAUUGGGAGUGAAAAAAUUGCAUUAUAAAAUAGCUUGUUGUAACAAUAGGUACAGAAUGUUACAAAGUCUAGUAUCUAGAGAUUAUCGGCUUAAAAGUGUACAGACGCAAAUUUCAGAAAUAUGAUUUCGCAAAAGAAGAUUUUUAGUUUCUGUUGUCCCUGA